AACCAAAUGCACUCCUGUUCUGACGGCGGCAGUCUUCAUAGCAUUUAGUUGAUUUAAAUGUUCAUAAAACUGCAUUACAAGUUGUAUUUUGAUAACGUUUUUACUGUAGCAAACGGUCCCGAAAAACGUCAAAUCGGGUAUGUGAGAUAAUGUUCUUCUACUUACGACUAUUUGGCAACACACUGUAGUGUCGCGAUACUUGCCGAGACUUGAUCAAGUGAGAUUUGCCGAGGUUGUGAGUGUUUUGGACAGUGACACAAAAUGGGUUUUACGAGCUGAAUUCGACGUUCAUAUACUUGCCACUUUUACCGUGGACGUCAACAUGAGUCAGGACUCGGUGGCUAUAGUUUCGAGGGACGAGAUCGAGCUCGAAGACGGAGAAAUCUGCGACGACGACGGCGAGGACACCGCCGCGGUCCGACGGGGGGAAGGGAACAGCAGGCCCGGCGGCGGCCCUGUCAGGAUGCCGAUGCAACCUUACAUGGGAAACCCGGCGCCGGACUACCGCCGCAUGAUACCUUACGACGUCCACGGACCGCUGAACCACAGGCAGCAAUGCGGGCCUAGCGGGCCAGACCGGCCUCACGCUCCCACACAGCCGCCUCCUAUGUGUGGGCCCGGCCCACGGCCCAGCUUCUGGGAGCGGAGCCACGACGCCCUGGGAAGGUUCAGACACCGAGCCAUGCCCAAUGGAGGUCGUGGGGCCUGGCACCGAGGAGGCUGGGCGGGUUGCGGCGCGAGACCCCAGCUGGGUCGGUACGGUUGUGGAGAGAAUAACUGGAAACAAAAGCAGUUUGGGCGAAACAUGACCCGAAGAGCGCCACCCGGUGCCACCAAAGGGGAUAGUGGCUUUGAAGAGACCUUUGAGGACUUGCUGUCCAAGUAUAAGCAGAUUCAACUGGAGCUAGAGUGCAUCCGCAAGGAGGAGAGCAUGGCACUGGAGGCAAAAGGUCAGGAUGCGGGGGGCAAAGGUCAGGUUGUGCUGGCUAAAAGUCUAACCUCGGAGACCAAAGGCGCAGACUGCUGUCAUCCUGCAAAAUCCGAAAUUCCUCCUCAAGCGUCAGGUGAGGGCCCAUCGGAAAAUAAGAAAAGCUUUCAGGCUUUCAACAUCAAGCCGCUGCGAGCGAAACUGUCCACGGCCGUCAGUCUGGACACGAGCGUUCAAGAGGGGGAGGCAGCAACAAAGGCGGACUCGGAGAAGAAGACGGAUAAACAGUCUGAAGCAGAGGUGGUGGUGUCGUGCGUGUGCUGUAAUGAGGAAGCAAAGCAUGAUGAACAAAGCUCUGGCAGAGAGUCGCCUGCUUCUAGCGAAGACGUCUACAUCUGCCUGGAUGAGCUGGGGGAUCAGGUGGAGGAGGAGGACCUAUCAGAGCUCCAGCUACGUCUCCUCGCCCUGCAGUCAGCCAGCAGGAAGUGGCAGCAGAAGGAGCAGCAGAUGAUGAAGAGGACCAGAGAGCCCGUGGCUCAAGCGACUACACCCAACAGGCUGAGGGUCACGACCAGGUCUGCGACCACUGACAGGAGCAGAUCCAGGUCCAAGCCUCAGGAUAGGGAGCGGGACAAAGGCAAGGCUGUGACGAGGCCCCCCGAGAGAGACCGGCCAAAGCAGAGUCCCAAACCUGGAGCCAAAACUCUGGAACGAGGCAGAGCUGCUGCUAAACCACCCACAUCCAAGAAGUCUGCAGGCCCAGGCUCGAUGGUCAAACCACCCUUCAGGAAGCAGCAACAGUUGUGGGAGAUGCAGGAGGACGAUGAACGUUACAAACGAGAGGAUGAAAUCCGCAAAAUCCGGGACCUGUCCAACCAGGACGAGCAAUACAAGCGUUUCAUGAAGCUGGUGGGCGGGAAGAUGCACAACAGUGCCAAGGUCAGGGAUGGAGAACUCAGGAAGUCUACUGGCAAAGCUGGUCUGGAUGCCACAGGAAAUCUCUACCAGUAUGACAACUAUGACGAGGUUGCAAUGGACACGGACAGCGAGGCGGGAUCCCCGGGUGUGUUGUCACAUCUUAGCUGCAAUACCACCACCCAUCUACGCACCAGUACCAGUAACGCACGCACCCCGUUUCCUGUUGAAGAGCCUGCCUUUGGGAUGCACUUUACCUCCACCCCCAUGGCCGCCGGCCUUCCCCCGCCACCGCCCCUACCCCCUCCUGCUCACGAGCAGGCACCCCCUCCAAAGCCUCCGUUCGCUGAUGAGGAAGAGGAGGAGGAGAUGCUGCUUAGAGAGACCUGUCUAAUGUCCAUGGCCACCAAACGGGUGCCGGCAGUAGAGCAGGAGAAGGUCUGGAGUGGUCCUCCUUCCCCGAGUGUGGCGCCCCCAGCAAGUACCGAGCAGCCCAGCAGAGGGAACCUGAGUGCCGUCAGCCUCAACACAAUGGCGGCAUCUCAUGGGAACAAGUUCACUCGAGGAGUUCCCAGAACACCUCUGGUGCUCCCCCGACACAAAUCUGUGGUGGUAUCACUCCACGAAUCAGAUGACAGCGAUUCGGACUUGGAUGCUUGCAGCUCCACACAGGGUGUGAUUGGAGGUCUGGAGUUCAUGAUCAAAGAGGCACGCAGGACCGUGGAGGCAACAAAACCCAAAGGUGCGUCUGGAUCGGAGAAGGAGAACAACCCAUUACGAACACCAGAAGCCUUACCUGAUGCCAAAAAGGCGGAGUAUCGCCUCCUCAGGGAGGAACUCGCCAACAGGGAGAAGCAGAAGGCAUCAAAUAAAGAAGCUGGUGCAACGCCUGCUGCUGCAGCUGCCACUGUCGACUUACUCGAGCAGAAGCUGCAAAAGCAAAGAGAGUUGCUCCUUCGAGAUGAGACAUUGCUGAAGAACCUCCUGCAGCAGGAGCUCAAGAAGACCGAGUCCCUGAAGGCGGCCGAGUCCAAGGUGGUGCGACUCAAGGAGCAGGUCCAAGCAUCCGAGAAGAUUGUGCUUGCCAACAAGACACUGCUCAAGAAGCUUCAGGAGCAGGUGCGGCGUGUGGAGCACCGUGUGUCCAUCAAAAAGACAGUAGCAGCCCGCUUGGAGCAAGACCUACUUCGGGCUCAGCAGGUCGCGGGAAGAGAACCCAAACGCAAAGCCGAAACUAUGCACAAGCCGCCCAGGAAACUGCAGCGUGUCGGCGCCACCAGUAUCGGCCUGGAACGUCACUUUGCAGAUCUCAUGGCUCAGAAGCAGCUGCUGCAACAGCUGGAGUCCGAAUAUGCCCUCAAGAUCCAGAAGCUGAAGGAGGCCCAGGCCCUGCGCAACAAAGUAGCGGCAUCGGAACCUCCGGCCGAACAGCGGCCCAAACCCGCCGCCCUCCCCAACCCAAAAACGUGUGCACCAGCUGCCUCCAGCCCACCCCCGCCACCCCAGCCUUCCCUGCAUGACCUCACCCAGGACAAGCUGGUUCUAGACAGUGAGGACAGCCCGGAAGCGGAGGAUUCCGAGUCAGUGCCUACGCCUUGCGCCGUGGCCGCUCUCCCCCGCCGCCGCUCUUUGCGUCAGUCCAUCUCCUCCACUAAACCUAACUUGGAGCAGUUGACCCCAACACCUGCCAAAGACUGCAGCACCUCCAAGCCCGCCAAGAGCGGCACAGCCGGGCCCAUCGAUGCAUACAUGGGUCUGGACCUGGACGCACUGAGGCACCGGUACCAACAGCACGGCGGCCUGGGUGAGUUACUCCUGAAAGAACUGCACAAAGUAGACGACAAUGCGGACAGGCCAGAAACUGCAAAGGUUCUCACGGUGGAUGUAGAAGCAACCAAACAACCCAGUGGGUUUCCAAGACCGGUCCCUUUUGGACCUUACCAUAGCCCUCUGCUGGUCUUCAGGUCUUACAGGUUCAGUCCAUACUACAGGACAAAGGAGAAGUUGUCUCUGAGCUCACCCACCUACAGCAACGCCAUCCAGCCUAAAAAGUGUUUCUGUCGCUUUGACCUAACCGGAACCUGUAACGAUGACGACUGUCCAUGGCAGCACACGAGGAGCUGUACUCUGACAGGAAGUCUGCUCUUCCAGGAUGUUCUCUCCUACAACUUGUCUCUGAUCGGCUGCACCGAGAGCUCCACUGACAGUCAAGUCAGCGCCGCGACAGAAAAGUACCUGACCAAACUGUUUGGUCCGAACAAGGAUGGAAUGGGUGUGGACCAGAAGGCUGUCUUCCUGGUCAGCAAAGUCAACGAGAGCCGCCGUCACGUGCCGCCCUUUACUACCUGGAAGGACAAGAGGAAAUGGAGGCCAUCUGGUCAAAGCGAGCGGCGCACAGACCCUGACGGGGAAGAUGACGCCGCAGCAGGGAAUCAGACGUCCCUAACAUCUGACUUCGGCGGGCUGCCUGGCGGCAUGAGCACGUUGGAUACAUGCGUGACGUCCGAAGACAAGCGUUACUUCAUCAGUGACAUUGACGACAUCUCCAAGCUGGAGAGCAGCGUGUUGGACAACCCCGGAGACACUCAGCUUUGGAUCAAACUCACUUUCAGAUACCUCCACCAAGGCGACACGCCACCAGCAGAGUGUUUGGAGGCCGCCUUGAACACACUGUCUCGUGCUCUGGAGAACAACUGCGACGACCCCGAAGUGUGGGCGCACUACCUGACGCUCUUCUCCCGGCGAGGUAGCCGCGAGGAAGUGCAGGAGAUGUGCGAGAUGGCUGUGGAACAUGCCCCCGACCGCCGCGUGUGGUGGAACUAUUUGACUUUAGAGAGCUCGUUCGAGGGGAAGGACUACGUGUGCGAGCGUCUGCUGAAUUUCCUCCUUGCUGAAGCGUCGGGGGGCGUGUCGAAGGAGCGUUCCUUCCACCUGUUGGAGGCUCUAUUCCAUCGAGUCCAUUUGAACGUCUUCACGGGGCGGCUGGAUGCUGCCCUUGACAUCUUCCAGACGGCCUUGAAGUCGGGUAACAGCCAGAGUGUCGCCAAUCACCUGAUGGCAAGCGACCUUGCAAUGGCGUGGCUGUGUUAUAUCCACCUGAAGGAGUUUCGGCGUCUUCCAUCAAGUCUCUACGACCCGUUAGAGUCUGGCCCGUCCAGGCUUGUCAGCACCGAGCACUUCCUGUUGCCCUGGCGGACAGCACAGGACAUCAGCACACCACAUGAUGACAUAAUGAACCUCUUCCAAGACGCCAUCAGUCAAUGCAGUGACAAGUCGUCGACGCAAAGCGAGAGGACGUCUGCGUGCCUGCCACUAUAUACCAACUUCCUGCUCCUGUACAGGCUAUUGGACAGGUUGGAAGACGGCGUGUCCACGUGCGAGACGCUGCUGGAGGCAUGUCCCGAGUCGUGCAGCCUGCGGGAUGCUCUGGCCGACCUCCACUUGCGCUCGGGGAAUGGCGAGCGUGCCGUCAGCUCGUGGCUACACGCGCUAGCCGAGUGUCCCAACAAUGCGGAGGUCUUCUACUAUUGCUGUCGUUUCCUCAUGACUCAGGACAAAGCGAGUGCUGUCACGCCGCUUUUCCGGGGGUUUGUCUUGUCUCUGUGCGAGGACGAGAGCAGUCACAUGAUGCCUGUGGACAUCUUGCGGAACAUCCUUGGCCUUCCGACAGACCACAUGUGCCCUGCUCCCAUCGUCAAGAAGGAUCUGGAAGAGCAGAUCAACAAGCAGAUGCCCUACCUGCACCUGCUACACUGUCGCUGGCUUUGGUUGCACGGCUCCGUGGACGACACGCUGGACGCUUUUGAGCGAGCGCUGGGCUCGGCCAUGCGGAUUGAGGAGCUUCACCGCCUGUGGACAGACUACCUGAUGUUCUGCGGCAGCCCACGCGUCCAAUCUCAGGCCGCCGGGCAUUUGUCAGAGCUUGUCCUGCGCUGCCUUAGUACAGUCCCGUCCCGUCUCGAGGUGCCCUUUGACCCAGCUCACUUCUGGACAUGUUAUCGCUUCCACAACAAGGUGGUGUCUCUCUACCUCGGCUGUGUGGACACGUCUCAACAUGCACUGGUGCUGGAGAGACUUCACUACAUGAUGCCCACAAACAUCGCACUGGCACUCAGGUUGCUGCACCAAGAGUGGACUGAAGGAAAUUUGGAACACAUGGGCUUCCAGGCUAGGAUGUUGACCGGCAGUGCUCCGAAGUCUUUGGCCUCUUGGAAAAUAGCCAUUGCCGUGGAAACAGAGCUUAGGCACCCGUCAGAGGUGAGACGUCUUCAUCAGCAAGCGCUGCAGAACCUUCCACUGUGUGCUGAACUUUGGAAAGAUCUGUUGCAGUUGGAGGCGGCGGGAGCUAGCAGCAGCAGCGGCGGCGUUUCCGAGCGUCUACAACGGCUGCUGUCGAGGGCUCAAGAGGUCGGCGUGAGUUUAGUUGACGGCAGAGCCGCGCAGACGGGCGAUGUCUGAAGGCGGCGACACUUUGAGUCAGGAAAAUAGCAGGCAAUGACAACCGAGGGGGGGAGGAACCCAACCCCCGAGACAUCAAAAUCUCUGCCGCCUCCUCGUGUACGUAAGUAUCGAGCUGCUGAGUGACGUUUGUCUUUGUGUCUCUCACUUUUCAUCCCCUUUUUUAGUUUUUCUUUUCCCUUGGGGGGGAAGGGAUAGGGGGUUUGUUGGGUGAGGGGGCGUGGCCUGAAGGCUGCCAACUUUUUGUUGUUGAGGAAGAAAGCAAGCAAGACUUUUAUUUUGUUAAACUGCUCGGAAACAAAGACACACUGCCAUCUGGUGGCCAUCUUGUGGUGGCCAUUUUAGCGGGAACUGAAGGACGCUAGGACAAGAAGACCUCUGCCAUUUGUUUUGUUUUUUUUUGUCAUUAAAAGUAUUAACGGAUCAGGACAUGUUUUUUUAACAUGAAAAUGCUAUUAAAUUAUUUUCUUGACAUAAAGACGACUCACUUGUCUUAUUCAAUUGACACAAUUGCUACAAAAGCUACUUAGCUGACAGGAAGAAAUACGUACAACUAGGAGAAUACACAUCUGCAAGUUUAUAUGUUACGUCCGGAGUUCCCCAGGGGUCAAUACUGGGGACAAAACUGUUCAAC